AUUUUUGUAUUACCAUGACAUCCAAGGAAAGAGCAAUAUUUCUAGGCAACUUCUGCCAUCCGUGUCUUGGAAUCCAGUCACCAUGUAAAAAAUAUCACUGCCCUGAGACCACCCACCAUGCUGUUCAGAAGCCCGAGCAAGUGAAGUCACCGUAUACUAGAACAAAUAAAGCUUGGAAUUCUGAACGUGUAAUGCUGGAGCCAGGACCAACUGCAAAGAUCCUUUGGCAUUGUGCUGUCAAGGAAACUGAGGUACACUGUUCCGAGAUGAAUUUAUAUGCCUCUUCAGAAGACCUGGUGGGAUUGUGCACCAGCUGUCUGCAGUGAGGGUCAACUCAAUAAUGUGUCCUUACAAUCCCUUUUUCUCCAUCUCUAACUCGCUUCAUUGACCCCUCACUCUGGCUCUCUGAACAAAUUCCU